AUGUACUAAUGCACUCUUCACCCAAACUCUUAAAUAACUGCAAUAUGUAUUGAUAUUUCUCAUGAAUGUAAUCGGAAAUUAUGUCCUACAUGUGUCUACGAGCAUAAAUCUAGCAAAAGACCUCUCCCAAUACAUAUUUUUUAAGAAAGAUUAACCGAAAAGGUUAAUGAGUACAAACUUAAUGACAAAUAAUAAUAAUUAACUAACAAAACAACUUUAAAAUUUGCCCUAUCAGAUAUAGAAGAGAGGAUUAGGAAAUUACACUAACAAGCGAUUGAUGAUAGUAACCACAUACUUAAUAAUAUUGACUAAUAAGAUUAAUAGUAUAUUCACCUUAUAUAAAAUAAUGCCAAUCCAAUUGAUACCUUACACUCUGAUUUGGAUAAGUUAGUACAUAUGUUAGAAGGAAAUACUUUGAGUCAUUGGGAUCUCCAAAAAAAAUCUUAUCAGACGAAAUUUACUAAGGCUUUGAAUUGGAUAGCUCAAGAAAUUAAUGCAUAUGAAUAAAGAUUUCAAGUUGAAAUGAAGAAUAUUUCUUCAAUUGAUUAGUGAGAUAAUUUGUUAAUUUAAUAGAAUUGAAUAACAAGAACAAAAUUCCUGGUAAGGAAGCACUUAAAAGAAAUCAAUGACCAAUUGGGAUUAUUUUGAUACUCUAUAUUAAUACAGAAAAAUAAAAAUCCAAAUACUCUUUACUCAAUAAGAAACCUAAUAUUUGAGAGAUGGAUAAAUUAUUGGUGUGUAAAAUUCUAUUUUUUUAUUAGAUUACUAGGGAUUAAAAUAAAGAAAUUUAGUUUUCUGAUUUAUUCAAUAAUCUAGAAUAAAUAUAAAAUUUGAGAUGGGGUGGUCCUUAUGGACAGAAUAAAAAAAAGUUUGGAAAAUGGACGGCAACUUGGAAUGGAUAACAAUUAAAGGAUGUAGUGGAUAAUACUCCAUUAAUGGUAAAAAACACGGCUAAUGGAUUGAUAUCAUCAAGAAUUAUUGGAGGUAGGCAACAACUAUUAUUAAGUGUCAGCUAGGCGUAGGUAUACGAAGUAGGAGAAUAUGAUAAUGGCUAUAGGAUAGGUAAUUGGAAGUGCGUAUGUGAGAAAGAAGAGGUGUAAGGAUUUAGUUAUAUAACAAAUAGGGGUGGAGGAGAAUAUAAUUAGAAUGGUAAGAGUGGUACAUGGAUUGAAUUAAGUNAAAUAGAAUUGAAAAUAGCACAUCCUUGUGAAAUACUUAUUAAACGGCUCAAUAAAUUUAAUGAUAAUAAUAAUAAGAGAUUUCCAGUUUCAAUUUUUCGUUUAACAAAAUUUUUUCCAAAAAUUUCUGAAAUGUUAAUUUUAAAAAAUGUACUAAUGCACUCUUCACCCAAACUCUUAAAUAACUGCAAUAUGUAUUGAUAUUUCUCAUGAAUGUAAUCGGAAAUUAUGUCCUACAUGUGUCUACGAGCAUAAAUCUAGCAAAAGACCUCUCCCAAUACAUAUUUUUUAAGAAAGAUUAACCGAAAAGGUUAAUGAGUACAAACUUAAUGACAAAUAAUAAUAAUUAACUAACAAAACAACUUUAAAAUUUGCCCUAUCAGAUAUAGAAGAGAGGAUUAGGAAAUUACACUAACAAGCGAUUGAUGAUAGUAACCACAUACUUAAUAAUAUUGACUAAUAAGAUUAAUAGUAUAUUCACCUUAUAUAAAAUAAUGCCAAUCCAAUUGAUACCUUACACUCUGAUUUGGAUAAGUUAGUACAUAUGUUAGAAGGAAAUACUUUGAGUCAUUGGGAUCUCCAAAAAAAAUCUUAUCAGACGAAAUUUACUAAGGCUUUGAAUUGGAUAGCUCAAGAAAUUAAUGCAUAUGAAUAAAGAUUUCAAGUUGAAAUGAAGAAUAUUUCUUCAAUUGAUUAGUGAGAUAAUUUGUUAAUUUAAUAGAAUUGAAUAACAAGAACAAAAUUCCUGGUAAGGAAGCACUUAAAAGAAAUCAAUGACCAAUUGGGAUUAUUUUGAUACUCUAUAUUAAUACAGAAAAAUAAAAAUCCAAAUACUCUUUACUCAAUAAGAAACCUAAUAUUUGAGAGAUGGAUAAAUUAUUGGUGUGUAAAAUUCUAUUUUUUUAUUAGAUUACUAGGGAUUAAAAUAAAGAAAUUUAGUUUUCUGAUUUAUUCAAUAAUCUAGAAUAAAUAUAAAAUUUGAGAUGGGGUGGUCCUUAUGGACAGAAUAAAAAAAAGUUUGGAAAAUGGACGGCAACUUGGAAUGGAUAACAAUUAAAGGAUGUAGUGGAUAAUACUCCAUUAAUGGUAAAAAACACGGCUAAUGGAUUGAUAUCAUCAAGAAUUAUUGGAGGUAGGCAACAACUAUUAUUAAGUGUCAGCUAGGCGUAGGUAUACGAAGUAGGAGAAUAUGAUAAUGGCUAUAGGAUAGGUAAUUGGAAGUGCGUAUGUGAGAAAGAAGAGGUGUAAGGAUUUAGUUAUAUAACAAAUAGGGGUGGAGGAGAAUAUAAUUAGAAUGGUAAGAGUGGUACAUGGAUUGAAUUAAGUAAUGAGUUUUGGUAGCGUUCAUAGGUUACUUAUAAUGGUGAAUAUAAAAAUAAUAACAAAGUUGGUAGAUGGAAUAUUUUAUAUAGGGAGAAAGGUAAGGAAAUGUUUGAAGAGAUGUAAAAUUUAAAAAGAUUCAAUAUAUUUAGUGGUGGAGGAUCAUAUGAUAAAGGAGGCUAAAUCAAAAUUGGGCAGUGGAUUGAACUAAGUGAUGGAUUUUGGGAUUAUUCUUAAUUCAUUUUUAAAGGAGAUUAUAAAAAUGGUAGAAAAGUUGGUAAAUGGAGUACUUGGUAUAGGAAAGAUGAUAAAUUUGAACAGAUGUAAUUUUAAUAAUCUAGUAUUUCAGUGGUGGUGGGUAGUAUGAUGAAGAAGGUUCAAUUAAGAUUGGAAGAUGGAUGGAGAUCAGAGAUGGCUUUUGGUUGGGUUAAUAACUAAUUUACCUUGGUUAAUAUCAAAAAAAUUGUAAAGUUGGUAGAUGGGAUAUAAUGUAUAGACCAUGGAAUUAGGAAAAGUUUGAAAUAAUGUAAAUUAUAAAUAUCAUAUUAGUGGAGGUGGAUCAUAUGAUGGAGAAACAUCUAAUAAAAUUGGAAAUUGGAUUGAGAUGAGUGAUGGCUUUAAGGCACAAUAGUAAAUCACAUAUAAUGGUCAAUAUAAAAAUGGUAAAAAAGUCGGAAGAUGGGAUAUUUGGUAUAAGGAUAAUUUAAAUGGAGAGCGAGAAAAAAUGUAGAUAUUAGAAAAAUUAAAUUAUUAGCGGCGGUGGAUUAUAUGACGACGGAACUUCAAAAAAAAAUGGGAGUUGGAUUGAGUUAAGUUAUGGGUUUCAUUAUUAGUAGUAAAUUAUAUAUAGUGGCCAAUAUAAAAAUGAUAAAAAAAUUGGUAAAUGGGAAGAAAUAGAUUUGGUUGGAAUGAUAAAACUUAAAGAAAUCAUUUACACAAACUGA